UCCAAAACACAUAAGCUUACUCUCUCCUCUUGCCGGUGCCACAAUAAACUCUCUCUCUCUCUAUAUAUCUCUCUCUCCGACGUACAUUCCUCGCUGUUUUUGAUCUUAGGGUUUCAUGGACUCCUCAAAUUCGUGGGCUUCCACGCGCAUCUCCACCUCUUCACGCCGCCAUCAUUCUCGAUCUGAUCUGUACAUGGAGGAGAGUGAAGGGAACGAUGAUUUAAGAGCGGAGUACCUCUGCCCUUACUGCGCCGAGGAUUACGACGUCGUUUCUCUCUGUUGCCACAUUGACGAGCACCAUCCUAUACAAGCCAAAAACGGGGUGUGUCCUGUUUGUGGCAAAAAGGUAGGAAUGGAUAUCAUUGGACAUAUUACCACGCAACAUGGGAGCUUCUUGAGGGUGCAGCGUAAAAGGAGGGUUAGGAAAGGAGGCUCUUGCUCUACACUUUCUAUGUUGAGGAGAGAGUUACGAGAUGGAGCCUUGCAGUCACUUCUUGGAGGUUCUUCAUUCAUAGCUUCCUCCAAUUCUGACCCUGAUCCUCUGUUAUCAUCUUUUAUGUUCAGCCCACUUGUUGCUGAUGAGUCUUUGAGUGCAACACUUCCUGCUUCCAUCCAAGGUGCUCUUGUAAAAGAAAACUCAAAAGAUCAUUUCUUGGAAAGAAAACCUAAACAGUUACAGCUGUCAGAAGAAGAUAAAGUAGAGAACGCUCGGAGGUUUGAAUUUGU